AUGAACAUGGCUGAUGCUUGGACACAGCCGUUCAACGGCCAACGGCGCCAGCUUCGUAACGAGGAGGAUGCAUACGCUACUGGCUACGUUCCAGUCCCCGCCACCAGAGACUUCAACAUAUCAGAUACCCAAGGCGCAUUCACCUUCUCUGCGGAACCCGCUCCUAUCGUGUACGACAGUUCCGGAGCAAAUUUCCUCGCCGUUGACGCCUCCGGCCAAGACUUCGCAUUUGCUCCACAUACUGGAUCCUCUUUCGAUUCUUCUUUACACCAGGAUAUGGUCACUCAAUCUUACCCUCCGCCAAAUGCCUAUAGACAGGCACAAACCCACAGUCUUUCACCUGGAUCCUAUCUCGGUAACGGUCAAGGCGUCUCACCCUCACACUCGGUGGAACAAUUGAGUUCAGAAGCGGGAUAUGUCAGCGAUCUCAGUCACCAAGAUUUUAGCAACUAUCCGACACCCAGCUUCAACGGGCAAUACCUGGACGAAUCUUUCUCCAAUUUGAACUUUACCGACACCACUUCGAUGAAUGCGUUUCCUCCACUUCAAGAAAACGUCGACAUGUCACUUUUGAGCUCAGGCAACUUGAACACAUACAACGCUCAGUCGCCAAUACCCCCAAGCAAUGCUCCAAUGGAACUCCACAAUCAACUGGUCUCACAUAACGCACAACCAAACUCCAGUCCUAUGGUAGAAGGCGAUAGCUCAACUUUCCCGACGGCACAUUAUACUGGCCGAAACAGUCACGACUCAUCCACAUCCUCAAACCUCAUGGGGCAUCCUACUCUAAUGAAGCAAACUCAAAGUCCAGCACUAACCAACAGUCCUGGAAGUACGUCCAUGCCCAAUUCUCGACCCUUUGCACGCCAUAUCGCGGGCCCAAUUGUGCGUGUACAAAAUUUCAGUCGAGAUGGAUCGCCCUCACCGUCAAAUCACAGUAGGAGUUUGAGUAAAAUAAGUCACAAUAGCCGUCCUUCUGGUCAUCACUUAUCUCCUUAUCCACAAAACGAGUCAUCCGAUGAGGACGAGACACCCCACGAACACGUACGCAUACAACCCACAUUCAAAAGCACGGAGCGUAACGAAGAUGGCUCAUGGCUUUCAAAGGGAGGCUCAGGUCAAACUGGGUUGAGCCCCGGUGACCGUCAGGCAAUGGAAGAUGCAUGGGUGCCAAACAUUGAGGAACUCCAGGAGCAGAGAUUGAAAGACGAAAAGAAGCUUGAGGUCCAAGUCUGGCUAACUAAGAGUGAAGUUGGUAGCGAGGCGGGUGAUGUCGCACCUUCGAAUAAUCUACCCUUGCCUUUCAGUGGACGUCGCCGAGCAAAGAGUACGAAUGACGCUUACCGCCGAGGUUUACAGGAUACCAGUGCUCAAGCCCGGGGAAGUCGCCUGGGUCUUGGCGUACACACUGAUCUUGACCAUGGCAACGACGAGAACAUUCCUGGGCCGGGAAUAUUCAUAGACGAGCAAAGCGACUGCGACACCGACAACUACGAUGACGACGAUGAUGAAGACAAUGAUGAUUCUACCGAACCCGAGUCACCUCCUGCUGCCAUCGACCUUCAGGCAGACCAUGCCGACAACCCAUACUUUCCUCCUGCAAAAGAAACUGUCUCCAUUGUCGGUAUCAUACGACCCUGGGUAGAUGUUCCAGCCCAGCAACUAACAUCAUCGACUCACUAUCAACCCCCUACCUCCAACGCGGCGAUGAUGCGCUUCCGGCAACGAGCCAAAGACGUCGAAUCAGCUUCGCUUGCUGCCACGAUAGGAUCACGCCGACUAAGCGAGUCUGAUAUGGGUAGUCUCCGCGCAGCACCUGGCGUUGCUAAACUCAUAGAGCCCGACCCAAAGAAGUACAAAGAAAGGCAACGUCGUUCGAGUAUCAUGAACACUUUCUUGCCCAAACGAACGCAGAGCAAUCUCCUCAAACGCAAAGGCAGUGUUCCUGUACAACCAUCGUCGGACACUAUAUUCGACAAGUCGAAAGAAUUCAUCAUGGAAAAGCCUAAGCGUAUGGGGAGCUGGGGACGACCCAAAUCACCGCGAGUUGAUAGCAACCACAGCAACCACAGCAAAGAACUAAGCCCUCCCGCUCCCACAGGUCUUUCAGCACCGACAAAUCCGUGGUAUCAGGGUGCGAGGAAUGUGAUCAAGCGAAGUAGAAGUAGAAGCGACUUGGGCAGGGGCAAAUCAUUCGGCCUUGCUGAACUCAUGACCCAACAUGGAGGUCCGCCUAUGCCUAUACAUGCUUCACCCCUUGGAGAAACUGAAGCGACGAAGCCACUUGUCCAGCCAAGCCCUGCCGGAGACGACGAUGAUGAUGAGCAAGAAAUUGUAACCAUGGAUUUGAAAGUCCGUACUGAUUUCAUCAUCCCAGAUUAUCCCGGCUUCAGGUCCCAUGCUCGAGAGCUCAAUCCACGCCUGUCCACCUUCAUGGUCGAACGUAUUGCCCAGGAACAAAUGCGUAGGUACAAGCGGCUGUCAGAGUUCAGGGUCAAGCACUUGGUCGCUGUCAAGAACAAAACCUGUCCUUCUGGGAAGUUUUGCACGGACUUGGGCGGUGAAGCGAAGCAACUUCCCCCACGAACAGGAAACAAGGAUUCCGAUACACCAUUCAUUGGCUUUCAAAUUACUGCCCCUGGGUCAUCUGACGAAGGCGACGAAAUGUUAUCAGAGGGAGCAGUGGUGUCCGCUCAAUUCCCGUCCGGGGUCCCUCUCCCUCCUGUCAAACGCCUUCCCGCAGAAUUCGAAUGUCCGUUGUGUUUCAAGGUGAAGAAGUUUUACAAGCCAUCGGACUGGACGAAACACGUUCAUGAGGACGUCCAGCCUUUCACGUGUACCUUUCAGGAUUGUGGCGAGCCUAAGUCAUUCAAGCGUAAGGCUGACUGGGUUCGACACGAGAACGAACGACACCGACAACUGGAAUACUGGACCUGUCAAUUUCCCGAAUGCGGCCAUACCUGUUACCGCAAAGACAACUUUGUACAACACCUUGUAAGAGAACAUAAGAUCGCCGAGCCACGGCCACGCACUGGGCGAGCAAGUAAUAAGGAUGUACCGGUCAAUGCCGAUCAAGACAAUGUAUGGACUACCGUCGAUAACUGUCGCCACGACACUACCAAGCUGCCGAAAGAUGAGCCAUGUAGAUUCUGUGGCAACAAUUGUACAAGCUGGAAAAAGCUGACUGUACACCUGGCGAAGCAUAUGGAGCAGAUCAGCAUGCCUAUCCUCUCGCUCGUAGAAAAAAGGCAGUUGGAUGCAGACAGUAUCAUCAGCCCUGUAGUGGAGCAACCAGAGAGCAGAAAGUUUCCAGCGACCCCUGACCGGUCACCCAUAGACAAAUUCUCGCGAGUCAACAUAAACUCAACGCUUGCACCGGGUCUAAGUCCAUAUGGUCAAUACCCCCAGGACGCACAAGUGGAGGUCGCAUCCACUGUCAUGCACACCUAUCCUCCACCGCAAAUGGUGCCGUAUAGGAACCAGCACGAGACGCAGAAUAACGCAUACACGAACUAUGACGACAAUAGCGCUACAAAUUACACAAACCACACGUAUCCGGGUCUGCAAGUGCCCCCUAAGCCGAGUAGUGCCUAUGCCAGCGGGUUGCACACACCCGCACAGCAGUUUCACAACGGCAGUAUGCAGAACGUAUCAAAUCACUACGCGAUCAGUCCUGUCUCUGCAGUCCAGCAGCAGCAGGCUAUUUUUACGAAUUCUCCCAUUGAGACGGCGUUCCCCAGUUACUUUACGCAGGAGCCACAGAAUCUAGCAAACGACAUGCCGCUAGGUUACGAGACUGGGAUGUACCAGCAGCAGGGUGGCAGCUACCCCACGAUGCAGUAUACGACUGCACAGAAUGGCUACCAGUAUCAGAGGUAG